AUGCUGAAGAGAAAAGACGAGUGUAAUACCAUUAUAGUGGAUAGGAGCCAACUGUCUGAGCAUGGCGAGGAAAUCCCAGCGUUGAAUCCAUCAUCUGACGGGGGACAUGCAACAGGCUGCAACACCGCUGGCCCACCACCUUAUGGCUCUACAAAAGGGGGCACCAUUGUUCCAUCACCCUACGGAGGCAAUACCGUCAGCCCAUCACCGUAUGACCUCAACAACUCUGGUACAUCACUCUAUGGAAGCAAUGCACCCAGCCCAUCACCGUAUGGCCUCAACACCUCUGGUCCACCUCCCUACCGAAGCAAUACACCGAACCAAUCACUGUAUGGCCUCAACACCUCUGGUUCACCUCUCUACGGAAGCAAUACACCCAACCCAUCACCGUAUGGCCUCAACACCUCUGGUCCACCUCCCUACGGAAGCAAUGCACCCAACCCAUCACCGUAUGGCCUCAACACCUCUGGUCCUCCUCCUUACGGAAGCAAUACACCCAACCCAUCACCGUAUGGCUUCAACACCUCUGGUCCACCUCCUUACGGAAGCAAUACACCCAACCAAUCACUGUAUGGCCUCAACACCUCUGGUCCACCUCCCUACGGAAGCAAUACACCCAACCCAUCACCGUAUGGCCUCAACACCUCUGGUCCACCUCCCUACGGAAGCAAUGCACCCAGCCCAUCACCGUCUGACCUCAACACCUCUGGUCCUUCACCCGACAGAGGCCAUGCAGCUCACCUGGCACCAAACAGGAGAGAUGCAUGCAACUCAUCUGACGAGGGCAACAUCCCUGGACAGCAGGAAGAAAAUGCAUGGACACCAUGUGAUGGAUGCAAGGGGGAGGUUGAAAAAAUCCUUCAUGAAAAAAGAAGAAUCAAUGAAGUUAUCUCAAGAAUAGAUCCAGGCCAGGUCAGAGAGCUUCAGACACUACUGGAGCUCAUUGGAGAGGGGCAUCAUGACGGCGCAACAUCUACAUUAGGCCAGCAGGAGCUCUUUCCUGGGAGCGGCGUAUUAAUAUCCUCGUUCCGCCUUGCUGCCUUGCAUCAAGCAUCCAAACCAAACAGCAUGCGUCUCUUUCAUGCACUUUUUGACCAUUUCUUCACUUUGGAGGAAUGUAAAAAUGCAGUCCCCUUUGGCCGACCCGGCAACAACCCCUCAGGAAGAGGAAAACGGGUCCUUGACCGCAAAAAGGUUGACGGAAUCCUAACUUAUGUCCUGAGAUGUGGCACUCUGCCUGGUUGGGAUGAAAUCGAGGAGGCCAAGCUCAAGAAAGCCUUUGUCAACAAAUGUAGGGCCAGAGCAAAUUCUAAGGCGUAGGCCACUGCUGUAGUCUACAGUAUGUGGAGUGUGUUCUUUCUCACCAUUGUUAAGUUUAGGUUUUGUAGUACGGAGUGUGUUCUUUUUCAUGGACCAGAGGUGUUAAGACCGUACCAAGUUGAGGUUUUGUAGUACAGGUGCUGGUCAUAUAAUUAGAAUAUUGGGGAAAAGUUAUUUUAAUUUCAGUGAUUUAAACUCGUAAAUGUGAGACUUGUACAUUAUAUAGAUUCAUUAGACAGGAAGUGAAAUAUUUCUAGCCAUCAUUCAUGUUAAUUUGGAUGAUUAUGGCUUAUAGCUAACAAAAACCCCAAAUUCAGUCAGAAAUUUUCUGACACUUGAUUUGGGGAUUUCUUUAGAUAU